AUGGUUUACAUCUCUACAUGGCCAGAGUUUCAAAAAGCAGUCGAGGACUUAUAUCUCAACGCUCCUGGCCAAACUCGCUAUGUGGUGGACUACUCACAUAAAACCGGAUUUCUGGUGCUAAAAGUAACCGAUGAUAGGACAUGCUUGAAAUAUAAGACAGAGAGUGCGCCUGAUAUGAAAAAGUUUGAAAGGCUGAACAGUAUAUUAAUGACGAAAAUGCAAAACCGAAAAGAGAGUGUUGGAAGUGAAGAAGGUAACCCGACAUCGUCAGAAACACCAACAGCACCACCUGUGCAUCAGCCAAAACCAUCUACAAAGUCUGGGUCAAGUUCAAAGAAAAAGAAAGGAAAAAAGAACCGAUAA